AUGUCUGAAGAACUCUACGAUGAGUUUGGAAACCUCAUUGGUGUUCCAGAGAGCGACAGUUCAAGCGACGAGGCAAUGGAGGUCAAUCACACGGAGCUCGCUGUUAGGCAACCUGGCUUACAGGAGGUUUUUGGAGAAGAUGUUGAGACUAUUAUAGCGACAUCUGAUGCAAAGGAUAUCAGCGAGCCUAUUGUUGAGCCUGACACGGAGCAGAAAUUUAAAGUAGAAGAGGAACAUCUACCCGAAACAUUCUAUUCGAAGGAUUACCUGUGGAAUAUGACAUUUCUCCCGUCAAAAGUGCGAAAUAUUGCUCUCGUUGGUGGUUUACAUUCCGGGAAAACAACGUUUUUAGACCAACUUAUCCAUGAAACCCAUGACAUCAAUCACAUUCAAGCCAAAGAUUACAAGCCCCUUCGAUACACGGACAAUCAUAUCAUAGAAAUCAAACGGGGGAUUUCUAUAAAGACAUCGAGUAUGUCAUUAUUGAUGCCAGAUCUGGAGCAAAAAUCCACCGUGACACACAUUCUCGAUGCACCCGGACACGUUGAUUUUGUGGACGAGAUGGCUGUGGCAGUAAGACUUGCCGAUAUUGCUGUCCUGGUUGUAGACGCCGUUGAAGGUCUAACCAAAGGUUUGCAGCUGGCUCUAGAUCAUAUUUUGUUAACCAACACUCCCAUUUGUCUGAAUAUUUCGAAAUUUGACCGCUUGAUCUUGGAACUUCGACUGCCGCCACUGGAUGCCUACUAUAAACUUCGCAGCAUCGUUCACGAGAUUAACGACUAUAUCUCUUCGUCUGAGCAUGUUAAAAAUGGCAGCUAUACUCGACAAACGACACUCUCGCCUGCUCUUGGGAAUGUGUGUUUUAGUUCCAGCAACUUGAACAGCUGUUUCACUCUCCGCAGCAUUGCAAAGAGAUAUCUGGAGAAGUCCAAGCUGGAUCUUGACACACUUGCUCCCAAACUUUGGGGAGAUAUCUACUAUAUUGACAAGAAAUUCACAAUUAAGCCUCCAGAUAAGGCUACUCACGCAAAAUCGAGAAGUUUCAUCAAGUUUGUCCUGGAACCGAUAUAUAAGAUGGUCACCGCUACUCUGACGAAAAGCCCGAAAGAGUUAAAGCAAUAUCUCGAGGAAUCUCAUGGAAUUUCCAGUAUUCAUCCCUCAAAAUUCAAACUAGAUGUCCAACUUCUGCUGAAGGAGGUCUUUUUUGCCUUUUUCGGUGGAGUUUGCCCUCCUUUCGUGGACCUAAUACAGCAUAUGCCUUCACCGGAAGACAUGAAUGUUGACAAAUUCAAUCUACUAUACAAAGGCAAUACCUCCGAUGAACUGCUCGCGCACAUUGAGAAGUGCGAUCCUAAGGGCCCGGUCAUAGCGUAUGUGGCAAAGCUUGUUGACUCUGCUAGCGCAGCGAGGUUCUAUGCACAGGUGCGUGUGCUUUCAGGCACAUUAAAACCAGGCAAUUCAUUUCUGCUGCUGGGUGAGAACUACAGCCCAGAGUUCACAGAUGACAUGAAAGUACAGGACGUGCGGCGUGCAUUUUUGAGCUGCUCGCGCUACAAGAUUCCAGUAGAAGGUAUUCCAGCCGGGUCUAUAGGGUUGAUUUCAGGACACGAUAUUGACGUGUUUAUCAGUAAGACUGCCACCAUUUUCGACCAAAGGCUCAAGUCUCCAACGCUGGAAAUAUUUAGACCACUGGACAAAAUAUCGAAACCGGUCUUCAAAAUUGCUGUGCAACCUGCAAACCCGUCCGAGCUUUCGAAAUUCACUGAAGGUCUAAAAAAGCUCAACAGAUCUUACGUCGGAUCAGAGAUUAGAGUUGAACAGGGAGGCGAGCACGUGAUAUUGGGGUACGGAGAGCUGUAUUUGGACUGUCUGCUCCACGAUUUGCGACUGCUAUAUGCGAAACUGGACAUCAAGGUUAGUGAUCCCACGGCUCGGUUUUCGGAGACAUGUUUGGACAUGUCGAAAGUGAAGCUGAUUACAGAAUCUGCCAACAUGAAAAACAAUCUCACUGUGAUAGCAGAGCCUCUGGAGGAGGAUAUUUCCAGGGAUAUUGAAGCCGGUGUUCUCGUACCAUCAAUUCCUCCCAGGGAACUUGCCAAGAGGCUUAGGAAUGAUUAUGGAUGGGAUGCUUUGGCCGCGAGAUCUGUUUGGGCUUUUGGUCCUGAUGAAACGGGUACGUGUAUGCUUCUCGACGACACGCUGCCUGAGGAGACAGAUAAAGCAAGGCUUGCAGAGCUGAAAGAAUUGAUUAUCCAGGGUUUCAAGUGGUCGACUAGAGAAGGGCCUCUUUGCGACGAACCAGUGAGAAACAUCAAAUUUAGGAUCAUUGGUGCACAGUUAUCAACCAACUUUCUAGAAUCAAACGGAGCACAAAUCAUUCAGAUGUCGCGGAAGGCAUGCUACACGGCAAUGAUGACGGCUACUCCACGAUUACUCGAACCGGUUUAUGAGAUUCAUAUUUUGUGUUUCUCUUCGGUGUUACCUGCCCUGAACAAGCUGCUCGAUAGACGAAGAGGCAAAAUCACGAACGAUGCUCCCGUGGAAGGCGCCCCGCUAUACAAAGUAUACGGGUAUGUUCCAGUGAUCGACUCUGUGGGGCUGGAGACGGACAUUCGAAUGUACAGUCGCGGCCAAGCGAUGUGCCAACUGGUGUUCAGCCACUGGUCCGUAGUUCCUGGGGAUCCACUGGACGAGGACUGUUUCAUUCCGGUUCUGAAACCUGCGCCAAUCCAGUCCCUGUCCCGCGACUUUACCAUGAAAACUAGGAAAAUGAAAGGUCUUGAUGACGAGCCAUCUUUGAAAAAAUAUGUGGACCACGAAGUCUUCGGAAAGUUAAAGAGCGCUGGAAUUGUAUAG